GCCCACCAAAAAAUUUCAGUUCGUUUCAUUUCGCUCCUGCUUGUUCAGAAUCGAUGGCUCUGCGGCCUCUGCUACUGUGCAAUGCACAGCGCCACUUCGUCUCUUGGCGUCACUACAAACAACAACAGCCUCCUCUCAAUUUCCGUUCAGCUGCCAAUAACAAACUCCGAUUUUCUCCUUCAAGCUUUUCUCGUAGCAGUAAACUACGUCGUUUCUGUCCUCUGAAGUCUUCUUCAGUUAACGGAUAUUCCAUACGGAAGGAUAAUAAUACAGAACUGUAUGAAGAAGAUCAGAGUGAGGACAAUCUUGAGUUGCAUGAGAGGAUUCUGAAGUUUUUUGAGUUCCUCCCAUCAAUUUUGCCUGGUGGAAAUUGGUGGAGCUUCUCUGAAGAUGUGGAGGUAAAAUAUUUGGCCAAUCCAGUGACCUUGUGGCAGGCGCUUGGCCGCAUGUGGCAGUUGGUGGCUCAGGAUCGCUGGGUCAUUUUUGCAGCUUUCUCUGCUUUAAUUGUUGCAGCGGUUUCACAGAUCUCAAUACCACAUUACUUGACAGCAUCAAUCUUUUCUGCACAAAGUACUGAAAUUGCAGUUUUCCACCGAAACGUGCGUCUGCUGGUGUUGUUUUGUCUGGUAGCUGGAAUAUCCAGUGGUUUACGAGGUUGCUUGUUUGGCAUUGCAAAUAUGAUCCUUGUGAAGCGAAUGAGGGAAACAUUAUAUUCUGCUCUUCUUCUUCAGGAUAUAUCAUUUUUUGACAUUGAAACAGUUGGUGACUUGACAAGUAGGCUUGGGUCAGAUUGUCAGCAAGUGUCUCGAGUUAUUGGAAAUGAUCUUAAUUUGAUAGCACGCAAUGCUGUACAGGGUACAGGUGCCUUGAUCUACUUGCUAAUUUUGUCCUGGCCACUUGGUUUAUGUACGCUUGUGAUAUGCUCAACUAUAGCUGCUUUAAUGAUGAUAUAUGGCAUGUACCAGAAGAAGGCAGCAAAGUUAACUCAGGAGUUCACUGCUUCUGCUAAUCAAGUGGCACAAGAGACAUUCUCUUUGAUGAGAAUCGUUCGCAUUUAUGGAACGGAAAAACUAGAACUUGAAAGGUAUAAGCUGUGGCUGGAAAAAUUGGCUGAUAUAAGCUUGCGGCAAAGUGCAGCAUAUGGAUUUUGGAAUAUGAGCUUCAACACACUUUAUCACUCCACGCAGAUCAUUGUUGUGCUAGUAGGAGGAAUGUCUAUUCUGGCUGGUCAUAUUACAGCGGAGAAACUGACAAAGUUCAUAUUGUAUAGCGAAACGCUGAUAUAUGCUACAUGGUGGGUUGGGGAUAAUUUAUCAUCUCUGAUGCAGUCAGUUGGGGCAAGUGAAAAGGUCUUCCAAUUGAUGGAUCUCUUGCCAAGUGACCAAUUCACAUCGAAAGGAUUGAAGUUGCAGAGACUGAUGGGAAAUAUAGAGUUUGUAAAUUUAUCUUUUCAUUAUCCAGCAAGGGCAGAGGUUCCUGUUCUGCAACAUGUAAAAAUUUCUGUGCUUCCGGGUGAAGUCGUUGCAGUUGUUGGUCUCAGUGGUAGUGGGAAAAGCACAUUGGUGAAUCUAUUGCUUCGUCUGUAUGAGCCAACAAAUGGUCAGAUUUUAAUCGAUGGCUUCUCUCUUAAAGAGUUGGACAUAAAGUGGUUCAGGGAAAGAAUUGGAUAUGUGGGACAGGAACCAAAACUUUUCCGUAUGGAUAUCAGUUCAAAUAUUAGAUAUGGUUGUCCUCGAGAUAUAGACCAGAAAGAUGUUGAAUGGGCUGCCAAGCAGGCAUAUGCUCAUGAUUUCAUCUUGUCUCUGCCCAAUGGUUAUGAAACACUUGUUGAUGAUGAUUUGCUCAGUGGUGGUCAGAAGCAGCGAAUUGCCAUUGCUCGGGCUAUUCUUAGGGAUCCAUCAAUUUUGAUCCUUGAUGAAGCUACUAGUGCUCUUGAUGCAGAGAGUGAACACAAUAUUAAGGGUGUUCUUAGUGCUGUUAGAAGUGACUUGACGACAAAGAGAACUGUCAUAGUAAUUGCACACAGACUUUCCACAAUACAAGCUGCUGACAGGAUAGUGGUGAUGAAUGGUGGUAAAGUUGUUGAGAUGGGCAGUCACCGGGAGCUUCUUCAUCAAGAUGGCCUCUAUGCGCAAUUGACUAGAAGACAGGCCGAUGCUGUUGCUUGAUUAUUUCCUACUAUCACGUGUAGGAUUUCCAGUAAUGCAUUUAAUUCAUUUCUUCAAACACAGAGGCUCGAGGAACCUUCACCGCUGACUCAUUUUUUCUUUAUAUUCCAUCCAAUUUGAAAUGUCUUGUAAUGAGAAAGCUAACACAAAGGAACUGCUCAGAAAACAGAAUGAAGAACUCUUAAGAAGGUUGUAUAUUAUAGUGUUACAGAAUGAAAUGCAGCCACAUGGUACACAAACUCUGUGAUAGGUUUAAUUUACAUCCUUUGAUAGUAAAUGUAUCGAUCUGUUUAUCGCAAUUGGAACUUGAAAAAUGUAAAAGCUUGAUUCUUGAUAAGGACAGCGCUAUAGAAGUACGAGUUAUUACUGUUGAUGUAUGGAUGGACUGAUUGGGAUCUGAUUUCAUCACA